GCAAAGAAUAAUAGCAUAUUAAACGAUAAAUUUAACAAACAAGUACUUAUUUGAUUAUUAGAAUAUGGCAACACUGAUACCGGUAUCAAUGAAUAUUUUUCAUUAUCUUGUAGGAAGCGUAGGUUAAAAUGUGGAAAUACUUUGUUUUAAUAUUCUUAUUAUUUAAGAAUAGUAAUGCUAUUUUAAGCUCUGAUGGAGAUACUUUAGUCUUACUAGAUAAUUUAGCGAUUCGCGAAACACAUUCAAUAUUUUUCAAAUCACUGCAGGAUCGUGGUUUUAAGUUAACAUACAAAUUAGCUGAUGAUUCUGGACUUUUACUUUCUCGGUAUGGAGAAUAUCUUUAUAAGAACUUAAUCAUUUUUGCUCCAAAUGUUGAAGAAUUUGGUGGCGAUAUUAAUGUAGAAAAGCUUACUGAAUUUAUUGAUGAUGGCGGCAAUGUACUCGCAGCAGGUAGUGAGCAAUCUGGUGACGCACUACGAGAAUUUGCAGCUGAAUGUGGAUUUGAAUUGGAUGAUGAAGGUGCUUUAGUUAUCGAUCAUCUAAACUAUGAUAUAUCUGAUGAUGGUGAUCAUACUACAAUCGUAACUUCUGCGAAAAAUCUCAUUAAUUCACCAUAUAUUGUUGGAAGCAACUCUAAUGACAAGCAAUCACUACCAUUACUUUAUCAUGGUACUGGGCUACUCGCCGACAAAGAAAAUCCUCUAGUUUUACAGUUAUUGACUGCUGAAAACACUGCUUAUAGUUAUAAACCCGAAAAACCUAUUAAGGAGUACCCCCAUGCAAUUGGAAAAGGUACACUAUUGAUAGCAGCUUUACAAGCACGUAAUAACGCUCGAGUCGUAUUUUCGGGAUCAUUACAUUUCUUCUCCGACAAAGCUUUUACCUCAGCUGUACAAAAUGUGCGAACAGAUAGUUCUAGCAAGCAAUCAGGAAAUCAAGAUGUGGCUAUAUCUAUUAGUAAAUGGGUAUUUGGUGAAGUUGGACGGCUACGAGUAACAUCUGUAGCUCAUCAUAAAGAAGGCGAACAACAACCUCCAGAACAAGCUUAUACAAUCACAGAUCCUGUUGUUUAUACAAUAACUAUUGAAGAGUUGGUAUUGGACAAAUGGCAGCCAUUCAAAGCUAACGACGUACAAUUAGAAUUUGUUCGUAUUGAUCCUUUUGUUCGAACGAAUUUAAAACAAGUUAAUGGUGGUCGUUAUGAGGCUAAAUUUAAGAUUCCCGAUGUAUAUGGUGUUUAUCAAUUUAAAGUUAAUUAUGAUCGUGUUGGCUUUACUCAUCUAUACAAUACCACACAGGUAUCAGUACGGCCAUUAGAACAUACGCAAUAUGAGCGCUUUAUACCAAGUGCUUUCCCUUACUAUACUAGCGCUUUUUCAAUGAUGAUAGGAGUGUUCAUCUUCUCAUUUGUCUUUUUGCAUUUCAAAGAAGACAAUGUUGUUUCUAAAGAGAAGGGAAAUGAAAAGAAAUCACAGUAAUUUAAUGUAAUUAUGUUACAUACAAUAUAAAGUUCUACACAAGAAAACUUCAACAUACAUUUAAGAACCACUGUAACUUUUUAAUUAAUAAAACAAGUUUUUCCAUAUGCCAA